AUGAUGAUGAUGAUGAUGAUGAUGAUGAUGAUGAUGAUGAUGAUGAUGAUGAUGAUGAUGAUGAUGAUGAUGAUGAUGAUGAUGAUGAUGAUGAUGAUGAUGAUCAUUCUAUCUUUGUCCGCAGCGGAGCUCUCAUCAUCUACAAAGAAGAUGCAUAUAAAUAUCCCCUCUCCCUCCCCUAACCUUCUACUUCUCUUUCGUACACAGACACAUCAAUGACCUCUGCAGAGGGCCGCAGAGGCGACUCAAACCUGUUCGAAGGAUCGCCGAUGUUUGGGAGUUGGCGUCUUACUCAUUUUUAUAGCUAUGUUUAGUGAGUUGCUUCAAUUUCUUAGGAAGUGGAUCAUGUGGUAGAGUGUGGCAAUGACGAUAAUGAUUAUCAUAAUAGUAAAGAUGUAGACACGCUUCGUAUCACAUAACAGCCCCAAAAAAAGCAUAUAACCCUCCAAAUUUCUCCUUCCCCCUUCUUUCUUUUUAAUUCCCACACGCUGCGUGUACGCAGUGUGGAAAUGUGCAAAGCGUUUAUUAUCCCUGUUGAUAUGUGGAAUUGUGCCUCUGCUUAUACACUAAACUUCGGGUUAACACAUAGAUAGUCUAACUUUCAAGGGACGGGCCGUGAUAGUGAUAAUUAUCAUUAUAAAGCCAUUUUUACUAUUACUAGUAAGGUCGUCGCACAAUCUACGAAGAGAGAAGUAUAUAAACCUCCUCCUUACCUUCUUCCUUGCCUGUCUGUUUUUUUCUCUACACCCUGCGUGUACGCAGGCUUGCUAAAAAAAAUAAAAAAAUGUCAUAGAAGAUGAUAUCGAAUGCGGACUUGCGUCCUCCUGCUCUUGUCUUUGUUCUUGCUUGUAUACAUAGAUAAUCCUGCGUUGUAUCUUUUGAACGCCAAAUCCGCGAUGAUAAUGUUGAAAGCUCCAUCAUUACUUCAACCACGCUCUUAAAUAUAUAACAACCACCUAAAGACGUACAUAUAUAAACCCACUUCUCCUCCUCCCUUCCUUAUCUCUGCACAGCAUGCGCGGAGUAGCCAAGCAGAGCAGGACACCAGAAUUCUCCAGAAUCACAGCUUAUGUAGGCAUCUGCUCUGUUCCUGCCGUUCCACUAAAAUAUCUACUUCUCAUCGUGCGAUGUCCUUCCAAU